AUUUGUUCUCACAUCACUUUUACGCUCCUCUCACUUAUUUUAACCCCUCGUCCCCGGAAUCAUCGCGGCUCGUUCGUCGUCGUCGGCCUCAUCGUUUUAUUCUCGAGCAUUGUUUGCGCAAGGGGACUUCAUCAAUACUAUCGCAAACCCCUCCGCCAUGUCUUUGACAUUUGUCACAACCGGUUGAGAUGGGCUCGUUGGUGUUAAGCCAAGUGGCGCCGGGACUGGGUCAUCAUCCCUAUCACCACAUGAUGGUAGACAGCAACUCUGAGCCAGAUGAGGCUUCAGGCGCAACAGCACAAGCCUCAAGAGCUAGGAGCGCGUCUACCUCUACCACAAACAGACCGCGAGGCGACACCGAUGCCACAGUCCGUUCCAGCACACCUACCGCUCGCGAACCUUUCCCAGAAUCUUCCACGCCAACCUCUCAUCCCGUAGACAACGAUCCUUCCUCCGCUACUAGACAAGCAUCUUACCACCCUCACAAUGUCAACCAACACAGCCGAGGCUUUGACCAGUCCGGUUUUCCCUUAUCGAGCGACCCUCGACUGGUUGUCGCAGCUUCACCUCCCUCUCCGCGACUACAGCCCACGUACCGAUCCACGAGAUCUUUAGGAGGCUCCGAAGCGACCUCUCCGAGUCGAAUCAAAGUCAGAGACUUGUCGCAUAUUCGCAGCUUUGCGAGUGAAGAAUAUCUAGCACGUCCAAGACUAGGGCCGCGAUCGUCCAGUGUUUUUUCGGACUCUGGAAGACAAUAUGAAAUCAGUUCCAUGCCGGUCACAGAUAUCAUCGAGAUGGUGGCCGGGCUACUCACAAAGAUCACGACCACCAAUGACAGACAACAUGAACAUCAUAGACCUAUCCCGUUGACCGAAGAACAAAGCCAUUUGAACCCUCAUGCGUCUUGCGUGUUGGCUUUUCACGGCAAGAAUGUCCCAGGAAUAACUAUCUUGAGUUAUUUGAGCCGGAUACAUAAGUACUGUCCGACCACUUACGAAGUCUUCCUGAGUCUCCUCGUCUAUUUCGAUCGAAUGACGGAUAUGGUUAAUCGAGGACUACUGGGACAAGCUCAGCAGGGACCUAACGAUUCACCUGCAACAGCACCAGAAACCUCCAUUCCAACAGGACCUUCGCCCAUGCCCCUGAGUGUGGACAGUCCUCAGGAGCAUCACGAUAUCAGUGACCCUGCCGCCGGUUCCGCUGCGCCACCAGGGCCUGGCUCACCGAAUGCACAGGACAUGUCUAGUGACUUGUCACAAUUUUUUGUUGUAGACAGCUACAAUAUCCACCGUCUUGUCAUUGCCGGAGUUACCUGCGCCAGCAAAUUCUUCUCGGACGUGUUUUACACGAAUUCGAGAUACGCUAAGGUAAGACUUUUUGAAAGAUUGUAUCGACCCAAUUAAUCGUGAUUCUUAGGUCGGAGGUUUGCCAUUAGCGGAACUCAACAAUCUCGAAUUACAAUUCUUGCUCCUCAACGACUUCAGAUUAUCUGUUCCGGUGGAGGAACUUGAAGCCUAUGGCACGAUGCUGGUGGAAUUUUACGCAAGGGAAUUGGUCGCUCAGCAACAAGCCGCACAGUCGAUAGCUUCUUCACCUCAUUCGACUGACGGUAUGUAUAUGCGGACGCAAGCCGGGGCCAGGGCACCUGCAACCCCAAUUUCAUAAGAGACAACAGUCAGUCCAGGCGCACAAAAGGUUAUUCGUUUGAUGAUAUCGAAUGACUCGAGAGGAUCAUUGUCGGAGCAUGAGGCAUCAACAAUAGAGCUUAGGGGCUUGAGGUGUGCGUUUGUUGGUCGUUCAGUAGAAGGUUAUUUCUUGGUGAGACAGGACGAUUUUCUUGCGGGGUUUUGUGUGUGUAUGCGUGGGCAUUCUCUUUUUUUGCUAUCAGGGGGGCGCUCUACGAGGCUCACGAGACUCUUUUUUUCAAAUUGCUGCGGCAGCAGGAGUAGCAGCAAGUCAUGAUCGGUACGACACGAAUUGGUACGUCGGUUCGAAAUGAUCAUCAAAUCAAGAUUAUUCAACAUUGCUUCAUGCUUGAUGCUUCACCAUGAUCCUACUUAGCCUCCUCUGCAUAAAUCGGUCUCUCUCGUCUCGAAUUUUUUUCUGGUUGUACGAGUAAUUUCGACCUUGUCGAUGUCGGUCUUUCGAUCUGUAUGGCCGCUUCCCUCGUACUACUCCGUUCCUCCAAGGGUUAGACGAAGAAAGAUUCGUGAAAGGCCGUGCGUCAACAACACACCAACACGCACGCACGCGCACACAAGAGACGGUUGCCACAGUUUUGACAAGAAUGAUCCAGUCGGUUUUAAUUUCUGUUUCUGUUCGGGGGUCGGGGUCUUUUGUUCGAGGUUGGUCUUUGAUACGCUUUUGCCUACCUAGGUACAAAAUCUUUGUUCUAACUUUUAUGACAUUCUGGCCAUGUAUGUGAUUUGGUUGCUUUAGGUAUGUUGUCUGCGUUCUUUGAGAGGGAGGAGGGGUCGUUAUUGUUGUACCAAAGUGUGUCAAAGUGUGUGUGAGUGAGUGAGUACGUGAGAGAGAGAGACAGAGAGAGAGAGAGUGUGUGUGUGUGUGAUUGAGAGGGAGAUGGGGGUGAACGAGUAUAAUAUACAAUUCGUAGUACAAGACCUUUUUGGUGAUGACAGCUAUCUUUACAAUACAUAUCUAACCUUGCC